GCCAUGCGAGUGACCUAAUGAUGUCUAUAAUUAAGAUCAAUGUAUUAUUUUGAAAAAAGAAAAACCUGGAUUUUCACAGGGUAUAUUCAUCAUCAAGUUCUUUCAGAUAUAUGGCUUCUGCGGCUGUACUGGAUCAAGAAAAAGAACAAAGAGAUGAAAACAAGAAUAGCGGCAUCCAAGAUAUCCAAGAAAUGUUCUCAACCCUCCCUAAAGUGAGAGCCUGGGGAGGUGAUUCGGAUUACUACCAAUAUCAAGGUUUUUGGUACCCCCAGAUGUUCCUUGAAGGUGUCAUUUGGUCACAGCAAAGUUUUAGGGCUAGAGAAACUGACAUUUACUUGGCCACAUUUCCCAAGUGCGGUACGACAUGGCUCAAGGCUCUCAUGUCUACUAUCCAGAAUCGAAAUAACCAGUCCCAAUCCAACCAUUCAUUGCUCACAAAUAAUCCUCAUGAAUGUGUGCCCUUCCUAGAGUUGCUAGCUCACAAAGAAAACCCAAACGCCUACGUAGAAUCUCUUCCCUCACCUAGGUUACUCGCGACCCACAUUUCAUACUCAUCAUUACCAGACUCCAUCGUGAAAACUUCGGGUACAAGGAUUGUUUGCAUUGCAAGGAACCCUAAAGACGUUCUCGUUUCCCUAUGGGAGUUUACACAGAAAAUAAGACGUAAAACUUCAAAUGGGAAACUUGAGACUCUUCCAUUAGAAGAGGCAUUUGAUAUGUUUUGUAAAGGGCCUUCAGUUGCAGGCCCCUUCUGGGAUCAUGUUCUCGGUUAUUGGGAAGCAAGUAAGGAAAACCCUGAUAAGGUCUUGUUUUUGAAGUAUGAAGAUAUGAAAAAGGACGCAGAGGAAUGUGUAAAGAGGUUGGCACAGUUCAUGCGUCAACCAUUUUCGUUGGAAGAAGAGAAACUCGGUGUUGUACAAGAAGUAAUGAGCUUCUGCAGUUUUGAAAAUUUGAGUAAUUUGGAGGUGAACAAAAGUGGGGCUGUCAAUUUAACCUCUACCAAGGCACUCGACAAUGAUAUCUUCUUCAGAAAAGGCCAGGUUGGGGACUCCAAAAACCAUUUAACAUCUGAGAUGCUUGAGCAACUCGACAAAAUCACAGAGCAGAAGUUGGAAGCUGCUGGUUUGAAAUUGUAG